AUGUUGGUGAAAAGUCUUGUGGCCUUGGCAACUGAGAAGAUGUUAUUAAAAACAUCAGGGAAAACUUUCUUAAGAGGAAUUGAUUUUAUGUAUUCUGCCGGGUUAGCUCCUGAUCGCUUGUCUGUAAUGAUGACAGCGUCAGGAAAGUAUGUUCUGCAAUUUCAUUCAAAAUGUGAUAUCCGACCUUUCGCCGCUAAUUAUCCGUCAUUUACAAGAGUAUUACGUGGUAUUGUACAUGUGAAAGCAUGGAGGAUUAAGUCAAUUGAAUUUGUAAAUGUUGCCUUCGAUAUCAAAGAUGUUGAUAACUUGGAAAGGACGGUUGAGAAGUUGGAAGUUGAACUAGUUUUACUGAGGAACUGUUGCUAUCCAGGUGUUCGCAGAGGUGAUGAAGCCAUACGUUUCCUCAAUGCUUUAAAUAGAAAGAAGCAGGCCGUUGUAUGUGAAUAUGGUGAUAUUCGAUUGAAGCAUAUGAUAUCUCGUCAACCUCAUCAUAGACAAUCUUCCUACCUUACUAGUCAACAGGUGUUGAUACCGCCUAUGAUUUAUGAGUUAUAUCGGUUUUUACAAAACGAAAACGGUCGCGUGCGACGUAGGGAUGUACCAUAUGCCAUCAGAAGGCGGAGGAAUCAAAAUGUUCGCCGAGAAAACGAGCCCGCGAGAGCUGGCGUGUCGCCUGAACUCAUAGAUCUCUUCAAUAGAUUCUAUGAUAACCGCGCUCAAGUUCACUUACCCAAUGACGCUCGAGCUCACAUUCGGUUUCGACGUCAAGAACCCGGACCGGAUGGUGAAGGCGGUGACAUAGCGAUAGUUUUUGAGCCAUUAGAUGAAGAUGCACCUAAUGACAACAAUGAGGAGAGGGUUGACGCCAUCAACAGGGUAGAUGAAGCUGAAGCCCCGACCGACGAAGAAGCUGAAUGGUAG